UACAAGCGAGGCCUCGUUCUAGUUAUGACCGUCGGAUGCACUCUUCAACGGCAUCUCUUGGGGCCAGUUGGGUGCUACCAUUGUAGCCCAUAUCCACCCCAGGCACAUGUGAUCCAUCUUCAGGAUAGUUGCACGGUACUUAAAAAGAGUCAUUGAUAUUCAUGACUUGAAUGCCCCGUGACUUACGAUGAGUUCCCUCCAAGCCUUCCUAGCGCUCCUCCCAUCAGCCAUGCUGCAUCCGCCUAACCUGUCCAUCUCUGACAACAUGCAGCUCGUCCUCAGUGCUGCGGCUUGUCUUGGGGCAGUAGGAGUCAUUGCUCGGGUUUAUCUUCCUACAUCAAAGAGUGGCCUUCCUCUCCCACCAUCACCUCCCAAGGCUUGGGGACUUCGUGGGCACUUCCUGCCGCCUCGCAGCCCAUUUCUCACUGUAGCGGGAUGGGUUGAGGAAUACGGUCCUGUAAUCACCAUCCGCUCAAGAUUUGAGAACAUCGUUAUCAUCGGCCGUUACAAAGCCGCGGUAGAUAUUAUGGAGAAUCAGGGAAAGUCACUAGCUGAUCGUCCUCGCAUGGUUGCUGCUGGUGAAAUUUUCGCUGGCGGAGUCGGCAUCGCCUUUCUGCCCUUUGGGGAAAGGUUUCGUUCCAUGCGUAGAGCACUUCAUUCGCAUCUUCAGCCUAAGGCAGCUGGGGCUUACGAGCCCCUGCAAAUGUCACACGUGAAGAAUACUGUUCUCGACAUCCUUGAUGAUCCAGACAACUUCCAGAACCACGUGCAAACUUAUGCUGCGACGACAAUUAUGAAAGUUGCAUAUGGGAAGAAUACACCCACAUCUGCGACUGAUCCUGAAGUCAUUGAGAUUAACAAACUCAUCAGGAUGACUGGUGAAAUCCUGCGCCCUGGUGCUUACUUGGUGGACACGAUCCCUUGGCUCAAAUACCUUCCUUGGUACGGCCGAGAUUUAAGGCUGGCGUUUGAGAGAAGCACGAAACUCAACAUGGGUCACCUGAACCGUGUGAAAGAGCAAAUGCAGAGCAAUGUGAACAUCGGCCCUUCGUUCGCGAAAUAUAUGCUAGAAAGCAGCGAUCACUUUGGAUUGACAGAGGCUGAAACUGCCUCGCUUGCUGGUUCCUUUUUUGGAGCUGGAUCAAAUACGACUGCUGUGGCGAUAUGCACGGUGCUCAUGGCAGCCGCUUGUUUCCCGGAGGAGCAAGCUACAGUUCAGGCAGAACUCGAUGCGGUCAUCGGAAGGCACCGAGCGCCGACCUUCGCCGACCUUGAAUCCCUUCCUCGCCUGCGCGCCUUCAUUUCUGAGGCUUUGAGAUGGAGACCCGUGGCUGUCAACGGGUUGGCUCACCGAACAACCAAAGACGUGAUUUGGGGAAACUAUUGUAUCCCAGCGGGGACUACGGUAAUCGGCAACCAUUGGGCCAUUUCUCGAGAUCCAGAAGUCUACCCUGAGCCUCAUGCGUUCAAGCCUCAGCGUUGGAUCAAUGACCAAGGUCGCCUGAGAGACGAUCUUAAAUUCUUUGUCUAUGGAUUUGGUCGGCGUGUAUGUCCUGGCCAACAUGUCGCGAACAGAUCGGUGUUCAUCAACUCGCUCCUUAUUCUUUGGGCCUUCCGGCUUACUCUGGAUCCUACGAAGCCGUUGGAUGACAUGGAUUUCAUGAACGGGGAGAUGUCCAAACGGCCGUGCGCACUCCAGUUUGAGACGAGGAUUCCAGAAACGGAACUCAGGCGCAUGAUGCAGAAUUAUCCUGAGGUUGCAUGAGAAACCUUGACGCUUAUGAUAUCACCGCCCAGAAGACAAGGAAGAACCGGGUCGGGACGAACCACUAAUUCAUGCACGCUGUAUCAUCGUCUAUGUACAUCGUGUAUUGCAAUCAGCUCAGAUUCUUUCUUGCCCAUCUAGGUACGCAGGUGGACACACUGAUCAGUAGAAUGUGUAGCCGUUGCACUGAUCCGAUACUGUGGUCCAUGUAUCCUAUUCGAUGAUAGUAACCUUCAAAGGCUAGCUUCGUCCCUGUUCUUAUUUACAGAUGAAA